UCAGUGCCGCCAAAGGACCACGAAACGUGUGUUCUUGUGCAACAAUGUCAUGGGGAAACGCCAAUGCAAGAUCAAGAUCUGCGAGCGGUGCCUCAAGAAAAGAUAUGUAGAUAUUACAGAGGAGGCGGCUGCUUCAGAUGAUUGGAAGCGUCCGAAAUGCUGCGGGAUCUGCAACUGCAGUGUGUGCAUGAAGCGAGAGGGUAAAGAACCUCUUGGUCGAGCUGUGCCUGACUCAGAGAAUCCUUCAGAGGAGGAGCCUGCGGGAGUGUCUGAGCCAAAUAGAGAGGAAGAAAACCAAAUAGAAGAUGUUGGCAAGGGCAAGAGGAAGGCCAAGGCUCCUAGGGAACCUCGCAGAGUGAAGGCAAAGGAGGAAGUAGUUGAGCCUGAACUUCCUCUGCCUUUGGGGGUUCCCUUAACAACUGUUGCGGGCAUUGAACUACAUCCUCAGGAUGUAGGACAUGCCCUACAGUUUAUAGAGUUCUGUGUGGCCCUUGAAGAGGUUCUUAAGUUCAGCAAAGAAGAUGCUGAAUCUCUUCUCAGAGACCUAAUGCAUCAACGAUACUCCUCAGUAGUCCGAUUCCAGGCCAAACUCCUGUCUAAGAUACAGAAGAUGGGGGACGUAAAAGAGUAA